GAUGGCAUGUCAGAAGGCAUUGUCUGAGCCGGGAUUUUGAACGUCCAUUGCACAACGGUUGUACUGUGAAUUAUAAAACAGUUUAAGAGUCUUUUAAGUCUUAAUUUAUUUUGCAGGCGGGACAGAGGUUGGAUCGAUUGCUGUCAGGCUACCUACAAGUUCUUUUUCUUUGGGUAAUGCUUUAAUUUGUUCUGGGUAAUUUGCAAUGGGAAGGCACUUAUGCUGCAACCAACAGAAAGUGAAAAGAGGGUUAUGGUCUCCUGAGGAGGAUGAGAAGCUCAUGAAUUACAUAAACAAUAAUGGGCAUGGCUGCUGGAGCGAAGUUCCAGAGAAAUCAGGUCUCCAACGUUGUGGAAAAAGUUGCAGAUUAAGAUGGAUCAAUUACUUGAGACCUGAUAUCAGGCGAGGCAAUUUCACUCCUCAUGAAGAGAAGCUUAUCAUUCACCUGCACAAAAUGGUUGGAAAUAGGUGGGCAUACAUAGCCUCCCAUUUGCCAGGGAGGACAGAUAAUGAGAUAAAAAACUACUGGAAUUCUUGGAUAAAGAAGAAACUGGCCAAAGCUGAGAAAGCCUCAGUGACCGAGUCCUCAAAACAUAAGCUAUCACAAUUUAUGCCAAAGCAAUCUGCCAUUGACAAUAACAAGGAAAACCCACAUUAUACAGCUGUUGUUACUUCCAAUCAGUCAAGUACUACACUGCCUCAGAUGGAUUGUAUCUCUGUCAAGGAUCCAUCAAAUUGUAGAGAGCUGCUUCCUGGAUUGUGGAAUUGUAACAAUAACUCAGUCAGCAUUUCUGGAUUCAAUGUCAAUGUAGCCAGCAAAGGUACAAUGAGCAUUGACAAAUUUGUGCACCCAGAUUCAGAAAAAGGAGAUGCUAAGAACCAAAUCAAUAUUUUCAGUGAAUCUCCUUUCGGAUAUCCUGGAAAUAUGAUCAAUGAAAACCCUGAGUUGCAGUAUAGAAAAAACCUGCAAAAUUCAUCAUCCUAUGAUAAUGCAUUUCAUAGCUAUAGCUUGGACUCAAUUGCAGGAGAGUUUUGCUACAAUCAGAACUCAGUGAAUCCAAAUAUAACUCAGACAACAUCAUCAUCCGGAAAUGACUUGUUAAGAUGCGUGGAAAUGUCUCCAAAUUAUCUUCAUGAUGAAAUGUCUGAUCCUGCUACUACAGUGUGGGGAUCUAGUACAAGUUCUAAUGUUGUGGGUUCUUUGAAGUGUCUAGAUAAUGAAGGAACUGGGAAGUGUUGCAGCUAUGUGCCUCAUAUCUAUGAUGAAGAAUCUAUAGCUGGUAAUGCGAUGAUUGAAGAAAGCAAUGCAAUGGAGAGGAGAUCUGAAUUCAGGAUUUAUGAUGAAAAUUCUACCUUUCAGAACAUAUUUGGUUAUGGGAAGCAAGAUUCUGAUCUAUUUACAGCCGUGCAAUGCUAUGGAUCAGAUAUUUCUCAUGUCCAAUUAUUUGAUUGAUAUUGAUUCUUCUGGAUAUUAGCGAUGCUAAUAGGAGUACUUUUGGGUUUAGGCUAAACCUGUGUGCAGUUACAGUGUUUGUGCAUGGCAUUCAGCGUUGAAUAGCAGCACGGUAACCAAAUCUGAUUCUGAGAACAUAAUUUUUACCCACGUGAACAAGCAGUACCUUGAACAUAGCUGUCAAAAACAGCAGUGUGGAUGAUUAUUAUGUUUGUGUGAUUUAAUAAAAAUAAUCCUCCAAUUAAAGGAUUUUUUUGGUGUUUGA